UUCUACAAUUGAAGAGGGAAGACAUCUCAGUAGCCGUUGUUUUGGGUUUAAUUUAUUGCUGUUUCUUACGGUGGUUAUAAGGUUAAGUAUUUCAUGCAACCAUUGUUACAACUUUGGGCUUCUUGGAUCUUCUUCUUCUUUUGGUCUUUUCUUAGUAUCUUUGUUUCAUCUUCACUGCUUCACAUUUAUCAUUCUCAAAUUUUCUUUUAUUGAAAUGUUGAAAGGUAGGACAGCAUCUCAGAAGCAAGUGUUUGUUUGGGUAUUAUUGUAAUCAGAGAUCUCUGAAUUCUAUCUAAGUCGUAUUAGUGUUGGGAGAAGAAAGAGGAAUGUUAGUAGCUAUGAGGAAGAGAGCCAACUGCUAGCUCCCUCUUGUUUUCUUCGUUUUCUUACCAAACAAAUGUGUGUUAGGUCACGGCCUCAGGGGGUGUGGGAAAAAGAUAAAAACUAAAAGAGAUGAAACAGCUGAGCAAACCCGUCAAUACCCCCAUUGCGAAAACGAGAGAACGUAAUGGAGUUAAAGAUCCAUUCGUCGGAGCUUCACAAGAGGGUCGGCUUCGCUUCCCAUUGGCAGAGGAACAGAAACAGAGGAGGCUUAAGGAAGCAGAUCUGGAAUUCGGCCAAAAGAUGGCAUAGUCCUAGCUAAAAUUAGAUGAGUUGGGGCCCUUGGCGACCUCGGAAAGCUUGUUUUUUACAAAUUAUCCCCAGCCAGCUUCCAACAGCGGAAAGCAGUCCUUCAGAAGCUACUGUAAUCGAAGUCUCAAGCACCCAUGACGGCAAAGAUCAUGGCGUUAUAUAUCCUCACCGUUCCAAAACCCUUGACCCAAUCUGGCAUAUUAUCUUUUGAUCUGGAUUCCUUGUUCAUUGCUUUUUAUUUAUCAUUCAUAAACAAGUGUUUUUAUAGGAUUUAUUGCUUCUUUCCAUAAUUCAGUAUCAUGAAUAUAUUCUAAAAGCUUAGGGACUUUGGUUACUUCCUGUUGUUCUCUUUUUUUUUUUUUAAUAACGUUUUUCAUCUCUAUUUCAUCUAUUUUCGUGUUCAUUGCAUCAUAUUUAUCAUCCUGAAUUUUUCUUUAUUAGAGUGUUGAGAGAAAGGACAAUAUCUCAGGAGCAACUGUUUUUUGGGGUUUUAUAUUCAGGUAAGUAUCGUAAUCUAUUCUUACGUCUACUUAUGGAUCUUCACUUGUUUCUCUUAUUCUUAUGGUUUUUUUCCUUUUGAUAUCUAUUUCAUUCACUACUUCAUAUUUUUUAUCCUAAAAUUUUUCUUUAUUAGAGUGUUGAGAGGAAGGACAUCAUCUUAAGAACAAGUAUCUUUUGUCUUUAAUUUAUUGCUCAUUUUCAUAAUCAGGUACAUAUCAUGAAUCCAUUCUUAAAGCUUAGGGGCCCUGGUUUCUUCUUGUUGUUUUAUAUUCCUGCUUCAUAUUUAUCAUUCUUAAUUUUUAUUAUUAGAAUGUUGAGAGAAAGGAAGAGAUCUCAAAAGCAAAAAAAAAAAAGGGGUUUUAAAGCUCCUUCUCCCCAUAAUCAAGAAAGUGCCAUGCAUCUAUUCUUAUAGCUCUGGGAGUGUUAAGAGGAAAGACGACAACUUAGAAGCAAUUGUUUUUCGGACUUGAUUAAUUGCUCAUUCUUCCUCCUAAACGGAGUGUUGAGAGGAAAGACGACAUCUUUGAAGCAAGUGUUUUUUGGGUUUCAUUACUCAUUCAUUUAAUCAGGUGAAAAUUCAUUAAAAUGAAUUUAAUUGCUGGAAUAUUAGGCGCCGCUGGACAACCAAUAGUAGCCAUUGGCCAAUGUUUAUGGGUCCCGCUCAGACGUCAAAUUGGGUACAUAAAAAAUCUUGAAGAAAAUUUUGAGAAGCUGAAAGGAAAAGUGAUAGAGCUCUAUAUCAAAAGAGAGGAUGUAAACAGAGAGAUAAACAGAGAUACCAUAUCAAAAAUGCCAACAACUGAAUGUCAAGCUUGGCUUCAGAAGGUGGGAGACAUGGAAAAUGAAGUCAAUGCCAUGGAAACUGAGUUCCGAGAAAACAAGCGUUGUUGCAUUGGUGGAUUGUGCCCCGACAUUUUGUGGCGAAGGAAACUGUGUAAGAAAAUUGUGGAAAUGAUAGAUGACAUUGUUAAUCUCAAUCUCAAGGGGGAUUCCAUGUUUUCAGGAACAUACAUAGUGGAUGUACCACGACAGUCAGUUGAGCCAAUUCCUGCACCAACUAUACAAGGCAAUACACCAAUCAAUCGUACUGUCCAGAAGAUAUUAAGAUGCUUAAGGGAUGAUGAUAAUAAGCAGAAAAUUGGCAUAUGGGGUAUGGGUGGAGUCGGAAAAACAACUACAAUGAAGGCCAUAAACAAUUCUCCCAAAAUAUCAAGUAUGUUUGAAAUGGUUAUUUGGGUAACAGUGUCCAAAGAUGGAGAUAUAAGAAAGGUACAGAAGGAUGUUAUAGAGCGGCUGUCUUUGAAAUUUGAUGAUAAUGAGUCUGUUGGAAGAACAGCCAUGAAAAUUUUUCAAAGACUUAGUAAUAUGAAGAACUAUUUGGUGCUUCUAGAUGACUUGUGGGAAAAAAUGGAGUUGGAAGAUAUAGGAAUCCCCAACCCAAGUAGAGAAAAUGGGUGCAAAUUGAUAAUAACAACUCGGUCCAUGCGUGUAUGUGAUAAAAUGGAGAUUGAUGAAGCAAUUAAAGUUGAAGUCUUAUCUGAAGAAGAGGCGUGGAACUUGUUUCGCAAAAAGGUGGGCAAUGUUGUGGAUUCACAUGAUAUAAGAGAAAUAGCUACACAAGUUGUUCGAAAAUGUAAAGGUUUGCCACUUGCCAUUAUUGUGAUAGGAGGGGCCUUAAGGAAUAAGAAAGACCUAAGUGAAUGGAGAAAUGCAUUGAAGGAGUUGAGGUCGAAUCAGUAUGAAAUUAUUGCUGAUAUGGAAAAAUCUGUCUUUAAAUUAUUGAAGUUCAGUUACGACCAAUUAGAGAGGAACAAUAUAAAGAAGUGUUUCUUAUAUUGUGCUUUAUACCCCGAGGACUAUGAGAUUGGCGUAACAGAACUGAUACAGCAUUGGUGGGCAGAGGGUUUGAUCGAUGGUGAUUUAAGCUUGGAUGAAGCAUAUGAUAGAGGGCAUGCUAUUGUAAAUUACCUAAAAGAUGUGUCAUUGUUGGAAGGAGUUGAUCUACCAUGGAACGUGAAGAUGCAUGAUGUGAUUAGAGAUUUGGCAUUAACGAUCACAUCAUCAGAAUCAUUAUUUUCUUCCACAAUGGUGGUGCCAGAGGAUGGUAAUCAGUUCUUAGUGAGAACAAAUUAUAUGGGAUUAAUAAAGGAGCUGUCAUCAUCGAAUGAUCAGGUAGAUUGGGGACAGUUCCAAAGGAUCUCAUUGAUGCGUAGUAAAAUUCAUAAUCUACCUGAGAACCCCACAUCUCUCUUACUUGAGACGUUAUUUUUACGGGAUAAUAGAAGUUUGAGUGGAAUUCCAGAAUCAUUCUUUGAGCAUAUGCACAAUCUUCGAGUUUUGGACUUAUCAGAGACUGAUAUCAGGGAGUUACCAUCUUCUGUUUCACGAUUAGUAAACCUUGGUGGAUUAUUUCUCCUGGAUUGUCCCUAUUUGGUUACACUACCAUCCGAAAUAGGGAAUCUUAAAAAACUUCGACUCCUUCAUAUAGGAGUCAAGGGGCGUGGCAAUUUUGAGUGCUUACCUAGUGAAAUUCGGCAGCUUACGCUCCUUAGAAGUCUGGAAGUGACAUUUAAUAAAAUACCAAUUAGUGGGUUUCAAGAACUGAUGCUUCCUAAUGGGAUUAUACCAACCCUCUCUCUGCUUGAAAACUUGAGAAUAUGUAUAGGGUGCAAUCUUUCUCCAAAGUUGGUAAAAACCAUCGCCCAAGAGGUGGGCAGCUUGAAGGAGCUAACUGCAUUUGAGUUUCGGUCUGAGACAUUGGAAAGUUUUGGCUGCUGGUGGGAGAAGUUAAAUAAGCUGAAACGAUGUGUUGUAAGCGGAUGCAAUAUCUUCGAUGGAAAUCAUGAUCAUUUAAGUAGUACAUCAACUUCAACUGCUACAUGUAGUGCAGUUUUACCAAACUUGGGACACUUGACAGUGAGGGAUAUGCCAAGUAUCGGGGCCAUUUGGGAAAGCCCAAUGCCACCAGGAAGCUUCAGCCGUUUAGCAUCUUUGACCAUCCUUUAUUGUAAAAACAUGAGACAGAUUUUCACAAGGGGCAUACUCCAACAACUUUCAAACCUUGAAAAGCUUUUUGUUUCUCGAUGUCAUAACCUCCAAGUAAUAGUGAACGAAAAGGAAGAAGAAGAAGAAGGUCAUAAUGAUGAUGUUGCUUUUUUCCCAAAAUUAAAGAUUCUUUUUCUUUGUGACUUACCCCGACUAGAAAGGAUUUGGAAAACAGUAUGUUUUCCCAUGGCGCCAUUAUUAGAAAAGAUAAGAGUUCUAGAAUGUCCAAAUCUUAAGAGUCUCCCUUAUUUCAGUUUGGGGAUUCAGCAAAAUGCAUCAUCAUCUACGACUACUCUAAGGAGGAUUGAGGGCUCAGCUCAAUGGUGGGAAGCAUUGGAAUGGGAACAUGAUGAGAUCAAACAACAACUCCAACCUCUUUUACAUUUAUACUAAUUUGGAAUAUUCAUUGAACUGAAGGCAUAUGUUAUUGGAAAGAAUGGUAAUUUUUUUGGGUAUUGUAAACUAUUUUUCCUUGUGGUAGUAUUCAUCUUUUGCAAACGUUGUCUUUGUACGUUCGCAAUAUACAUUAUAUAUUUGUCUUGGGAAACGCAAAAGCCCAUUUGAUUUCACUUAAAUUA